GGCCAGCGGCUGACAGGCACUUCCGGCCGGGGCCUCCCUCCUCUCCGGUUUAGGCUGCCGCUUCCCAGCCCAGCAUUCGCGGCCCCACUGGCCCGACUUCUAAGCUUCAGUUCCCAGGCCAGGCCGUGGAUGCCGGUGGGCUGGGGAGAGUGAAGCGCCAUGCCUCGGGCUUGAUGCUCCGCCCUCUCCUCCAGUCUUCAGUCCUAAGUCUUUGGCCCUCUCCCUCUGCUUUCAGCAGUCUCUCCGCUGGGCGCUGUUGUCGACUCAGACCAGUACCUUCCAACAAGGAUAACUGCGGUCGUCAUGUCCCAGCCGGGGAUACCGGCCUCCGGCGGCGCCCCAACCGGCCUCCAGGCCCAGAACGGGGCCUCCUCGACCUCGGGGUCUCCCUACACCAACGGUCCUGUUCAAAAUGCACUGAUGUCUUCACAAUUGUCAGUGAGUCAAGGAUAUAAUUUCCAGCUUCCAGGAUCCUAUCCUCAUCUAAUACCAGCAAAGACUUUGAAUCCAGUCUCUGGACAGUCUAACUACGGUGGUUCUCAGGGAUCUGGGCAAACUAUUAAUAGACCACCUGUAGCUUCUAAUACAGUGACACCUUCACUCCAUAGUGGUCCUGUUCCUCGAAUGCCACUACCUGCUUCUCAGAAUCCAGCUGCUGCACCGAUGCCUUCUGGUAGCUUUCUUCCUGGAGCCAACAUACCACCACAUUCAAAUUGGCAAUAUAACUAUCCGCCCACAGGAUCACAGACAAACCAUUAUCCUGGUGCAUUAUCCCAACCGACUGCAUUGGGGAGUACAAACUUAACAACAAAUCAUCAAUAUGUUUCUUCUGGAGACCCUUCACUUCAAAACAGCUUCAUAAAAUCAGGUUCAUCACUUCCCUUAAGGAAUCCACCUCUGCCUACCACUUUUCAACCAGGAACUCCUCGUGGGCCCCCUCCACCUAGAGGUCCACCUCCAGUAAGGGACCCCAUGCUCCAGAAUUCACAUAGACCUGCACCCCAGUCUUCAUUUAAUUCAGCUGUCAACCAAGAAGGUAUUACAUCAAAUGCCAAUAAUGGAUCUAUGGUGGUCCAUAGUAGUUAUGAUGAAAUUGAAGGAGGUGGCUUCUUGGCAACACCACAGCUUAUUAAUAAGAAUCCCAAAAUGAGCCGAAGUGUUGGAUAUGCAUAUCCCUCUUUACCACCUGGUUAUCAGAACACAACACCACCUAGUGCAACUGGAAUCCCACCUUCUUCAUUGAAUUAUCCAAGUGGCCCCCAGGCCUUUACUCAGACUCCCUUAGGUGCUAAUCAUUUAACUACAAGCAUGAGUGGAUUAAGUCUACAUCCAGAGGGACUAAGAGUUAUCAAUCUUCUUCAAGAAAGAAAUAUGCUUCCCUCAACACCUUUGCAGCCUCCAGUCCCAAAUUUGCAUGAAGACAUCCAGAAACUCAACUGUAACCCAGAGUUAUUUCGAUGCACACUGACCAGCAUUCCUCAGACUCAGGCCUUACUGAAUAAAGCCAAACUUCCUUUGGGUCUGCUGCUUCAUCCUUUCAAAGAUCUAGUGCAAUUGCCUGUGGUUACCUCCAGUACAAUUGUGAGAUGUCGUUCAUGCAGGACAUACAUUAACCCUUUUGUCAGCUUUCUUGAUCAAAGAAGAUGGAAGUGUAACUUAUGUUACCGGGUCAAUGAUGUACCUGAAGAAUUCAUGUACAAUCCUUUGACAAGAGUUUAUGGAGAACCUCACAGGAGACCUGAAGUACAAAACGCUACUAUUGAGUUUAUGGCUCCUUCAGAAUACAUGUUACGACCACCACAACCUCCAGUGUACCUCUUUGUUUUUGAUGUGUCUCACAAUGCAGUUGAAACUGGAUACUUGAAUUCAGUUUGCCAGAGUUUGUUAGACAAUCUGGAUUUGCUUCCUGGCAACACUAGAACAAAAAUUGGCUUCAUAACAUUUGACAGUACAAUUCAUUUCUACAGUCUUCAAGAAGGUCUCUCUCAACCUCAGAUGCUAAUAGUUUCAGAUAUUGAAGAUGUUUUUAUACCUAUGCCAGAGAACUUAUUAGUAAACUUAAAUGAAAGUAAAGAGCUUGUUCAAGAAUUACUGAAAACUUUGCCACAGAUGUUUACCAAGACUCUGGAGACCCAGAGUGCCUUGGGUCCUGCACUUCAGGCUGCCUUUAAGCUGAUGUCCCCAACUGGUGGUCGAAUGUCCGUCUUUCAAACACAGCUCCCAACUCUUGGAGUGGGAGCCCUGAAGCCACGAGAGGAACCCAACCAAAAAUCAUCUGCUAAGGAAAUACACCUGACACCUUCUACUGACUUCUAUAAGAAAUUAGCAUUGGACUGUUCUGGUCAGCAGAUAGCUGUUGACUUGUUCCUUCUCAGUGGACAAUAUUCUGAUUUGGCUUCUCUGGGGUGUAUUUCUCGGUACUCAGCAGGUAGUGUCUAUUACUAUCCUUCUUACCAUCACCAGCACAACCCAGUCCAAGUACAGAAAUUACAGAAGGAACUACAGAGAUACCUCACUCGGAAAAUUGGCUUUGAGGCAGUUAUGAGGAUUCGGUGCACUAAAGGUCUUUCCAUUCAUACUUUCCAUGGGAACUUCUUCGUUAGGUCAACAGACUUACUCUCUUUGCCCAAUGUCAAUCCUGAUGCUGGGUAUGCAGUACAGAUGUCAGUAGAAGAAAGUCUUACUGACACUCAAUUGGUUUCUUUUCAGUCAGCACUCUUGUACACUUCAAGCAAAGGUGAAAGAAGAAUUCGUGUCCAUACUUUGUGUUUGCCAGUAGUUUCAACUCUAAAUGAAAUCUUUCUUGGAGCUGAUGUUCAAGCAAUUUUGGGGUUAUUGGCCAAUAUGGCUGUUGACAGGUCCAUGACUUCCAGUCUGAGUGACGCCCGAGAUGCUCUAGUGAAUGCCGUCAUUGACUCUCUUGCAGCUUACCGAUCUUCAGUCUUAAGUAACCAGCAGCCUGGACUCAUGGUUCCUUUCUCUUUGAGACUUUUUCCACUUUUUGUAUUGGCUCUCCUUAAACAGAAAUCAUUCCAGACUGGGACAAAUGCUCGUCUAGAUGAACGCAUCUUUGCUAUGUGUCAAGUGAAAAAUCAGCCCUUGGUUUACCUUAUGCUUACAACACAUCCCAGUUUGUAUAGAGUUGACAAUCUCUCUGAUGAGGGAGCACUCAACAUCAAUGAUAGAACCAUACCUCAGCCUCCUAUCCUUCAACUCUCUGUGGAGAAGCUGAGUAGAGAUGGGGCUUUCCUCAUGGAUGCAGGCUCUGUACUGAUGCUUUGGGUUGGAAAAAAUUGUGCACAAAAUUUUCUCACCCAAGUUUUAGGAGUUCAAAACUAUGCAUCAAUUCCACAGACUAUGACAGACCUUCCAGAACUUGAUACACCAGAAUCUGCCAGAACAGUAGCUUUUAUCUCCUGGCUUAGAGAGCAAAGACCAUUUUUCCCAGUACUUUACAUAAUAAGGGAUGAAAGUCCAAUGAAAGCAAACUUCCUUCAAAACAUGGUAGAAGACAGAACAGAAUCUGCAUUAUCAUAUUAUGAAUUCCUCUUGCAUAUUCAGCAACAAGUAAAUAAAUGAACAAAUGAAGAAAUUUGACUUAGUUAUUGCUAAGGAAAUCACAAAGCAGAAUUCCUGGGAAUGUGUAAUACCUUCCUUUUCUAUUUAAAUUUGUGAACUAAUGUGAUGAUUAAGAUGUUUUCACUGUGAUUUCAACAAACUAUAGCAAAUAAAGGACUACAGAAGAGACUCAAACAUAAAACUCUGAAAAUAUUGUAUUUUUCAAAUCAAAAUAUAUCUACAUAUGAUUGGAUACCUUUUUUCCUUUGUUGCCAAUUAUGUUCAAGUUGUUACAGAUUGAAAUAAGGAAAAGAUAUUAUAGAGGUAAAGUACAUUUUGUAAAAUAAAGACUUCUGUGUUCCACAUGUA